AUGGCGCGGGAGCGACUGACGCGGCGGGCGGUGGGCGCGAUGGUGCUCGCGACGGUGCUAAUUGGGGCGGCGGUGGCACUGUGGGGUCGGGAUCGGCGCGACGGGGAGGGACUGCAACGGCUGUUGGCGGAGCAGCAGCGCUUCCAGCAGACCUUCCUCGCGCACCUCGACGACCACGUGGCGUCGUCCGCACCCGUGCACCUCACCCGUGCGCCUCACCCAUCUGCCAUCAUGCUUCUUCGCAUCACCUCCUCUCCUCUUCACCUCACUCUUCCAAUCUUUUAUCCGUUUCGCUUUCUUCCUCCCCCUCCUGCGUCUCCUCGCCAACGCAUUCUCUCCCCCGCACCGAUUCUGUCUGCCCUCCCAUUCUCCGCCCCUCAGGUGCAUCCCGCGGUGGCGGCGCUCUCCAACAGCGUCGCUCCGCGCGCGGCGCACGCGGGCGCAGUGGCAGUGCGCGCGGGGCACCGCGGGGCAGCGCAACUAUGCUCCUACAGCGAGGAUGAGUUAGCGGAGGCUCUGCAGCGCGCGCACCACUGCGCCAUGGGCGAGGCACGGUACUAUCUGGGCGGCGUGUGGAUGGACUGGGGGCUGCUGGAGCGCGAGGUGUCACGCGACAACGACCCCGCAAAGCUCUCCUGCGUGCUCGCCUGCUCCCUGCGCCGCGACCUCGGCUGCCUCCCCCACCUGCCCUGCCUGCACGCCCUCUGGCUCCGCCACCUCAAAGAAGGUGCGCCCUUCCCCACCUCAAGAGAGGUGCGCAAGGCCCUGGCAAUACAGAAAGACGUGGCAGCGCUGCACCAGUUUUACGAGAAGGACGCGGCGCUGCCAGUGCUGCGCGCCGACCCCUCGCUGCUCGCCAUCCUCGACACCGGCGCUGGCGUGGGCGUGCUCUCUCUGCUGCUCGCCGCCCUGAACCCGCAGGCGACGGUGGUGGCGGUGGAGGCGGGAGAGAGCAGCUUCCGUGCGCUGCAGCGCAACACGGCGGCGCUGCCUAACGUGGUGGCGGUAAGGGGCGGGCUGUGGCCGUACGAGACGAGCCUGCAUGUUGGGCAGGAUGGCCGCCUCACACCCGCCCAGUCCAUCAACGCCCAGGGCGCCGAGUCUAGCUGGGCACAGGCGGACGUGGUGCCGGGGCUGUCAGGCCCCUUCCUGCUGCUCUUCCUGGCCCUGCCACGCUUUGACCUCGUGCGCAUCAACACGCACGGCAACGAGGAGCCGCUCUUUCAUGCACCCUCCCCUCACCACGACGCACACUGGCUGCUCACCGGCCCGCGCACGGCCAUAUUUGACUCGCACCCGGGCCUCUUCCCUGCCACUGCCGCCUCCUCACCCUCCCCCUCCACCAACGACCGUGCCAGCAUCCCUGCGACCUUCCUGUCGCAGCACGGAGGGUUUGAGCUGGUGCCUGAGACCAAGGGGUCUGGGUUCAUUGUGCUGCGCCGUGGGGACGGCAGGGGGAGUGAGUCGCUGGAGGGAGUGGGCUUUUCGAUUUUCUCGAAUGAGACCACAUCAGGAGAAGGAUCGACAGAUCUCUAUGUGGAGUGUUCGGUGCAUCCUGCUGCUGCUAUUCCUCCAUCAAUCGGCCAACUCACCUCGCUCAGGAGCCUGCAUCUCGAGGCGAGCGUCACGCGUCUUCCCGACACAUUGACCUCGUUGCAGCUUCUCAGAAGCCUCGAGCUGCACGCUGGCAGACUCGAGGCCUUGCCUCCAGAUCUCGGCAAUCUGCUUCGCUUAACGUCGCUCAAGCUGGACAGUUGCAGCUCCCUGGCGUCGCUUCCGGAAUCAUUCAGGCAACUCGCCAAUCUGAACCUUCUAUCCGUGUUUUACUGCUUCACCCUGCAGCUGCCUGCGUCCCUCACCGAGCUUCCUUCUCUCACCGUCCUGGACAUUCGACAUUGUGACUUUCUUCUCCCGUCUCCCGUCAAUUUUCCGCGACUGUGGAGGCUCGAAUCCGUCAGUUUGGAAGGAGUGAGGGGAAUGCGCGGGCUAAUCGAGGCGCUAGAGCAUCUGUGCCGUCUCAAGACUCUCGCUAUCAAAUGCUGCAGCGAUAUCACGUCUCUGCCCGAGUCUCUCUUUCGCCUGCCUUCACUCACCAGUCUCACCCUUGAAAUGCCACAACUCUCAGUUCUUCCUGACCAUGUUGGGCUCUUGUCAAAGCUGCGAACACUCAAUUUGGAGAUGAAGGAGCUCACAACUCUUCCAUCGUUCCUAGGGCAGUUGACAGCUCUCCGGGAGCUAAAAAUAGAGGAGUGCGAGCAGCUGCAGCAACUUCCGGAAACCCUAUCCCAGCUAUCGUCUCUCGAGCACCUGGAGAUUAAGACGUGCACGGGCCUCACCGCGCUGCCAGAUGAAAUGGGGAUCGGUCUGCACCGUCUUCGCUCUCUGCAUCUGAACCGCUGCUCAUCUCUCACCCACCUCCCUCCAACCUUCUCCGGCCUCACGUCUCUCCAAUCCCUCAAGAUUAUCAAAGCUAACGGCUUUAGAGGCACCCUGCUAGACAGUUUUGGUUGCCUGAGAAGCCUCAGGGAGUUGGUGCUUCAACACAUGCCCCGCCUAUCUGCCCUUCCUGCUCCCUUCUCAGGCGCUUCUUCACUCACCAGCCUGGAUAUUUUGAACUGCCCUAAAGUAACGGCUCUGCCAGAGGGAAUCGAACGGCUGGAGGCGCUCGAGGUGGUGAAGAUCGCACGGAUGGACGGCUUGAAGGCUCUCCCUGGGUCGCUGGUUAGGCUGCCCCGCCUGCGCGUGCUGGAGGUGCGGGCAUGCUGUGGGGUUGGCGCGCUGCUAGGGGAUGAGCUGAUGAAGCUUCUAAGAUCCUUCGCGAAUCUGUCCAAGCUGCAAUCGUGCAUCCUCACCAAGAAUGGGAUCAGGACAUUUCCGGUUGAUUUUUGGAAACUGGCUUCCCUGCAAACGCUGGUGCUUGUGGGGCUGAAGCAGGUGUGCAGCCUGCCAGAGUCGCUCUCUAGACUGCCCAAGCUGCAGGUGCUGCGGGUGACAGAGUGCCACAAGCUGGCUCGGCUGCCGUCCUCUCUCCAAAGAAUGAAAAUGCUGCGUGAGUAUGAGGUCAGAGAGUGCCCUUCGCUCCCAUGGCGAGAGAGGAGGGUUCCUGCAAGGGUUGCUGCAAGGGUUGCAAGGGUAGGCGAGGAGGAUAGGGAGGAGGGAGAGGGAGUGGCGGUUGGUGAAGGAGAGACGGAAGGAGGGGAGGAGGCAGAGGGUGAAGAGGGAGGAGAUGUGGUAGUGGAAGGGGGAGAGGAGGAAGGCAGGGAGGAGAUAGAGGGUGAGGAGGGUGGAGAUGUAGCAGGGGAAGGGGGCAAGGCGGACAGCGAGGCAGAGGAGGAUGCAGAGGAAUAUGCAGAGGAAGAUGCAGAGAGUUGUUUUGAGAAUUUGCAGAUCAUAGACGAUUAUGGCAGGGACAGUGAGGAUGACAGAUACGUCGACGAGGGGGGCUGGGGGUCAAGUGAUGAGGACGAGGAGGAGGAAGGAGGGGAGGAGGCAGAGGGUGAGGAGGGAGGGGAUGCAGCAGGGGAAGGGGACGAGGUGGACAGCGAGGCAGAGGAGGACGCAGAAGAGGACGCAGAGGACGCAGAGGAGGACGCAGAGGAGGACGCAGAGGAGGAUGCAGAGAGUGGUGGUGAGGAUUUGCAGAUCAUGCAUCGUUAUGGCAGGGGCAUAUUCCUGACACCCUCAACCCCAACCCCUCCCUCAACCCCAACCCCUCCCUCAACCCCAACCCCUCCCUCAACCCCAACCCCUCCCUCAACCCAACCCCUCCCUCAACCCCAACCCCUCCCUCAACCCCAACCCCUCCCUCAACCCAACCCCUCCCUCAACCCCAACCCCCCCUCAACCCAACCCCUCCCUCAACCCCAACCCCUCCCUCAACCCCAACCCCUCCCUCAACCCAACCCCUCCCUCAACCCCAACCCCUCCCUCAACCCCAACCCCUCCCUCAACCCCAACCCCUCCCUCAACCCCAACCCCUCCCUCAACCCAACCCCUCCCUCAACCCCAACCCCUCCCUCAACCCCAACCCCUCCCUCAACCCAACCCCUCCCUCAACCCCAACUCCUCCCUCAACCCCACCCCUCCCUCAACCCCAACCCCUCCCUCAACCCCAACCCCUCCCUCAACCCAACCCCUCCCUCAACCCCAACCCCUCCCUCAACCCAACCCCUCCCUCAACCCCAACCCCUCCCUCAACCCCAACCCCUCCCUCAACCCAACCCCUCCCUCAACCCCAACCCCUCCCUCAACCCAACCCCUCCCUCAACCCAACCCCUCCCUCAACCCCAACCCCUCCCUCAACCCAACCCCUCCCUCAACCCAACCCCUCCCUCAACCCCAACCCCUCCCUCAACCCCAACCCCUCCCUCAACCCAACCCCUCCCUCAACCCAACCCCUCCCUCAACCCCAACCCCUCCCUCAACCCAACCCCUCCCUCAACCCAACCCCUCCCUCAACCCCAACCCCUCCCUCAACCCCAACCCCUCACUCAACCCAACCCCUCUCUCAACCCAACCCCUCCCUCAACCCAACCCCUCCCUCAACCCCAACCCCUCCCUCAACCCAACCCCUCCCUCAACCCCAACCCCUCCCUCAACCCCAACCCCUCCCUCAACCCCAACCCCUCCCUCAACCCCAACCCCUCCCUCAACCCCAACCCCUCCCUCAACCCCAACCCCUCCCUCAACCCCAACCCCUCCCUCAACCCCAACCCCUCCCUCAACCCCAACCCCUCCCUGAACCCCGACCCCAUGCGUGCGUGCGUGAUAAUGAGUGACAAUGAGUGA